GUUGGGUGCCUAGCUUUGCAGAAACAGAGCGUGUAUCACACAUAAACCCUAGAAAUUAUCUGUAGUUGCACCAGCAUACCAAUACCAAUUUAGGAUAUGCACCAGCAACUAAGGCUUGGUUAUCCAUUUCAUAUAUAAGGCGAUGUUGGAUUCACGGCCUACUGAGACUAGUUGAGAUCUGCCUGUUAGCAAUCAACCCAAAUGCUGCCCCUCCAGAUGAUGAUGGUCCUGGUGUCCAUGUCUUUGGUUGUGUCCCCUUCAAUGGGCAUACCAACGGACGACAAGUGCAAGUGCCUCAUGUGCGUCUGCGACCUGGAUCCGCACCCGCUGCCGCCGGCAAUGCCGUCGCGCCACCCAGCGCCUUACCCGCCACCGUCGGAGCCAGAGCCAGAGCCAGAGCCAAAGCCUGAGCCACAGCCGGAACCAGAGCCGGAGCCAAAGCCUGAGCCUGAGCCACAGCCGGAGCCGGAGCCCGAGCCGAAGCCAAAGCCACAGCACUGCCCGCCUCCGCCGGAGCCUGUGCCGACGCCAGUGUACUACUACUACCCACCGCCGUCGGAGCCGGAACCAACGCCCGUGUACUACCUUCCACCGCCGGCUGAGCCGUACGUGUACCCGUACGUGCAGCCGGCGCCGGUGUUUGGCAUAGUGGGGACGCCGGGGCAGAUGUACCCGCGUGACAGCAUGUUCAACCCGUCCAGCGCCCACCGGAAGCUCUGUCGUGGGAUAUCCUCCGUAGUUCUCGCCUCCUCGAUCGUGGCAGCAGGGCUACUGUCAUUGCUCAUAUAAUGUACCUAGAAUACAUUCAGUCCACAGACUGAACCUGAUCAGCAACCAAUUGGCAUGUAAUGCUUCAUUCCGCUGACGAUGCUACUUCUGUUUUUCUUCCCCUUCAUUUCAAAUGUGUAACUCUGAAAGAAAAAUGCGAAUGAUGUGUGACUUUGUAUUUGUUCGUGCGUGUGCUGCAACUGCGCAUAUUUGUAUAGUGAAAACAAAUUCCAGUGA